AAAGAAAUGUGUUUUCCAUUUAUGCAGUAUGUUUUCCAUUACGCCCAUAUUCUAUGUUAUUACUUUGAGUGGCUUAAAAUACUUUGAAAUUAAAACUGUAUUCUGUGUGUUGCUGUGAAUUUUUGGAUGGUUUUUACUUCAAAUGUUUCUUUGAACGGACAUCAUAACCAGCAAAGAUGUUAAAUCGAGCACGCUGGUUGAUGCUCGCCAUAUCGGCUUUAUUGGCGCUGCAGUCGCGGGGGGAAGGCGGGUUCAGACUUCCCGACCAGCCGCCCAAGGAGGAAACUGAGGGCAGAAACUUACACUUCAGCGAGGGUGACCAUGGACGAUCGCCAGAAGCUCAGGGUCGUGGUCUCCUGGACUGGAUUGGCCUCGGCGAAGACCAGGACCCUUACAUUCAGCAAUCAACUCAGCAGUGUCUCAACGGUGACCUGGCUGAUUGCUUCAAAGCACAAGCCUUGAGAUCAUUCGAUGAUUUCUUCGAUAAACAAGCUUACCAGCUUUCAGACAAUGCAGUGCUGGUUAAAGUAGAGUCUCAAGCCAGAGCUCUAUCCAGGGAGCCGCCACAGCUGGCCUCUCAACCACGGAGUGAGGACUCCGACUGGGACGCGCUUGUCAAAUAUGGCAUGAGGAAAAUUGAAAGAUUUUUGAGAUCAACAGCAUUGGAAUUCCAAUUGGAUGACGAUGUGACAUCAAACGGAGUAAUAGCACCGCGGUUUCUGGAUGAAAUUGCUGAUGAAGUUGACAUCAUUGAAGACAAGAAAGCACCGCCUUUCCGUCGCCAUAAGCUGAAGAAGCUCAUCAUCCCCAUGCUGUUGAUCCUCAAGCUGUUCAAGCUCAAACUGCUGCUGUUCCUGCCUCUGAUCCUCGGCUUGGCCAGCUUCAAGAAGUUCCUCGGUUUCAUGGCUCUUAUUGUUCCAGGUGUCAUCGGUUACUUCAAAUUCUGCAAGCCAAACCUCACCUCUCCGUUCUCAUCCAGCCAUUAUGGACCACAAUACUCUCCAGCGGGAAUCGGCUUAAGUCCAUAUAGAGAUGGCCACAGUCCUUCAAAUUAUGGACAUUACGAAAAUUAUGCUGGUAACCAAUACCAUAAAUAUGGUUCCAAUGGGGUAGCCUUCAGAGAACACGAGCUUGGUCCUCAAGAUUUGGCGUACCAAGGUUGGGAGUACCGGAACAAAAAAGGAGCCGAAGAUAUAAAAGCAGAAGAAGCAUAAGACUGAAAAGUAAUCCAAGUUAUAAGUAUCCAUUAUUGGACGCAUCGAUUUUAGGUCGUUAGAUGGGCCCCGAAGCGUCGCAGAAUUGUCAUUGGUUUCGCACGUUGUACGUCAUUACUCGUAACACCUUUCUCUUUAUUCGUGUUGCGGCUUGUGUUUUUACACUUCCAAAAUGAACACGAAGUCAUAAUACUUAACAAGAAAAAACAGUAAUAUAUUUUUUUAAGUCCACUUCCACUCACAGCAUACGCUUGUUGCGUACUAAGAUGUGCGUGCACGUCUUUGAGUAAUGACAUAACAUUGUGCGUUCUUUAAUAUAGAGGGGCCUAUCUAACGAUUUAUAUUGAUGAUUGGACGUACUAAGCUGUUAUAAAGAUUUUAUUUAAAGACACAAAAUGAACAACUCAGCAAGCCAUUUUUUUAUUUAAUUGUAAGCAAGUGAAUCGAAAAGCGACAAAGAAAGAUUUUUUUAGGUAAACAGAUGUUACUCGUACUCAUAUUUUUUUCAGAUAUCAUGGGUACGGUGACAGUAAUAGACUUAUGACGUCCAUAAUACGUACUAUUGCCGCGUAACGCGGCCAUCUAUAACUGUCAUCAGCACC